AUAUUUUGGCGCGCGUUCGGCGUCUUAAGAGUGUAGCGGGUUUGAAACUGUAGAUGUUGUGAAUGCGUGUUCCAUUUAUUUCUAGUCUUCCCUGGUCGAUCAUCUGAUUGCUUCGGUUUAAUGCUCAUAUUUCAUUGACUGUUACUGAUCACUUUCGUUUAUAAGUGCAAAUGUAUGUAUGGAAGUGUAUAUAUUGCUUGUUAUCUGAUCUGUCGGCUAACAUUUUCCCAUCUCCUUUUCUUCUUUGAGAUUCUUUCUUCACAAUCGCUCAAUAACAGUCAGCCUUAGAUCUCGGUUAGGAUCUAUCAGCGCUUUGAAUUUACCAAAAUAAUCGCCUCUGUAUUUAGAGGUAAUCUCUCAGAAUAUUCCUUACUGAUGAUUGUUGCAACAAUCAUUUAAAAAAAACAUAACUAGAAAGUUUUUUGUGAAAUUUUUAACUUUCGAGAUGAACUUCUCGGAUGUGGUAAAGGUUACGAAUAGUUUGGCUGUUUUGUCGUCAAACGGUAUUUACAUAGCUUCGGCUUCUCAGCACAAAGUUUUUAUUCGUAUAACAAACACGCUACAAAUAUUUCAGAUAUACAGUUGUGUAGAUAUAGUGCAGAACAUAUUGUGGUCAGCAGACUCAUUGUUCAUUUUGAUUAUCCUGAAACGUCGUGGCAUAGUCCAGAUAUUCUCCCUAGAAAAUCCGGACUGGACAUGCAAAGUUGACGAGGGUUCUGCUGGACUUCUUAAUGCUAUAUGGUCGCCUGAUAGCAGACACUUCUUGACAACAACUGAUUUUUAUUUGAGGAUAACCGUUUGGUCAAUAUCGGAAGUCUCCGUUUCGUAUCUAAAGUUUCCUAAAGCAUGUGCAAAUAAUUUGGCAUUUUGUCCUGGUGGUCGUUAUUUAACUUUGCUUGAACGACGGAAUUUUCAAGAUCACUUAAGUCUCUUCGAUUGCAAACUUCAGUGGACUAUUCUUUGGAACAUAACGUUAGAAACUGAUGAUGCUGUGGGAGUUGUGUGGUCUCCAGAUGGACGAUAUAUCCUCGUGUACGAUAACUGCUUGCGAUACAAAGCAUCUAUAUACAGUGUUGGUGGAAAACAUCUCAAUACAUAUUGUGCUUAUAAACCAACACAAGAGCUUCUGGGUAUCAAAUCUGUAUCGUGGUCCCCCACAGGGCAAUUAUUAGCGCUGGGGAGCUACGAUCAAAAAUGUCGUUUAUUAAAUGAUUUCAAUUGGACUUGUUUAGCUUGUCUAAAGCAUCCUGUUAACAAACCAAUCGAUCCUUCUCUCGGACUUAGUCCUAAUGGCCGUCCUUUGUGUGUUGAUAAUGAAGUUGAUGGGGAUUUAGAAACAUAUCGGGCACACCGUAUUGAUAUUUAUGAAGAGUUUCGAACAGGUGCUUCGUCAGAUUUAUCAACCAAUUUUAAAGGUCCCCUAGAUUCAUCUACUGUCCAGUACAAACUACUAAAUGAUCCUGUUACCAUUCAAUCAAUUAAGCCUGAUCCUAACCAAGCAUUUCCUAAGGUAGGAAUUGGUUUGACAGAAUUUUCAUCAGAUGGUCGAUUUUUGGCCACACGAAACGAUAAUUGUCCGAGCGUAAUUUGGAUCUGGUCAAUUGAUCGACGUCUAAGUCUAUUUAGUCUUCUAAUUCAUACUAGUGGUUGUGUAUCUUCUCUGAUGUGGGAUCCGAGGUGUUCUGCUCGACUUGCUUUGUGUACAGGUUCAGAUGCAGUAUUUUUGUGGACACCUCAAGGAUGUCUUGCAGUCCAGGCCCCAACACACUUCAAUUUUCUAGUUUCGUCCCUCGUCUGGCUUUCGACUGGAGACGGAAUUCUAUUGCAGUCGGAGAAUGAAUUUUGUUUAUGCUAUCUGGAUUCUGAUGAUAAGCUUGAGAAACAUAAACCUCUUUGGAAGCCUCCUAAAAUCAAUUUGUCGACUGGAAAAUUGCAUCAGUAUGAAAUAAAAAGAAGUUCUGAAAAUGAACCCGAUCAUUGUCUGCCGUUUAAUAAUUCUGUCGAAAAUGAGGACUGUGAUUCUAUUUCUAACCCAUUUGGUGAAGAUGCUCCAAAUUGGCUAAAACAACACAGUAAGAUAUCCUCUGAUAUCACUGUAAAAGUUCGAAGAAGAAGUUUAUCUUCGUGUGAUAAACGUAAUGCUACGAGUAGAGAAUCGAAACCUUCUCGAGUUCUUUCCUCUUUAUCAAUCUGUCGACAAGCUUGGUUGGCUCCUUCCCCAAAUGUAAAACUGGCUAAAAAGUCAGCAAUUCAAAAUGCUAUUACAGCGAAACGAUAGUGCUUUUCUGUUAAUCUAUUUGCAUUUAAAUACUGUCUGUGGAAAUACCGACUUGUUCCUAUUUCAUAUCAGUAUACGAUGUUUUGUGUAUUCGAUUGACGCAUUCAUUUCACAUAUUGUAUUUGCCAUUCAGCUAAUAGUUGUGUAGGACUAUUUGAAAUAUUUACAAAAUAUUGCUUAGUUUUUUCCGGAAAAUAUUUUUAAAAAAUCACUUGUGUAACUAACUUUCGUUUUUAAACUUCUUUUUAUAUAAUAAACUGUCGUUUUCUUUAGUAAUCCUUCAGCAGUACAUAGUUACCAAACAAAAAUUAGUUGUCAGU